GAGGAGGAGGAAGAGGAGGAGGCGGCCAAUCUUUGCGCAGACUGCCUGCAGCCCGGUGGUGGUGGUGGUGAUGAUGAUGAUGAUGAUGCUGACGCUGGUGCCUCAAUGGAGCCCGUGAUGUAAAUAAGGAUGGCGAGGGCAGCGGAUGGAACAUGCCGCCUUAUCUGUGCAUGACAUCGGGAGCAUCUCUCUCUGCAUGCCCUUCGGAGCCGCGCACAGACGCCUUGAUGCCUUUUGUUUGACACCGGAGCCAAAGCGAGACGCGGGCAGCCUCUCCUCACACACACAAAAAGACCAACUCAUAAAAGAAGAAGAAACCACUCGGGAUAUAAACGGGUCAUUAUGACCUUAGUAGCCUUCUCUGCAAGGACACCAUCGGAUUGCGUUCAGGCGGCAGCUUUCUGCUUGCAUCUUCUGCUUUGGAUCUCCUGCUCAGUGUCUGGAGAGGAGCAGCAUCACUUCAGCGUCGAGGGAUGGCUACAGAGGUAUGGCUACCUUCCCCACACCGAACCCAAGAUGUCUAUCCUGCGCUCAUCCCAAACAAUGCACUCGGCCAUCGCCGCCAUGCAGCGAGCCUACAGUCUCAACGUCACCGGGACGCUGGAUGAGAGAACCAAGGAUUGGAUGCAAAGGCCCCGCUGCGGCAAUCCAGAUAAACUCAAGAGUGCUUCGAGGUCACGGAGGCGAAGAUACGCGCUGACAGGACAGAAGUGGCAGCGUACGCAUAUCACCUACAGCAUAAAAAAUGUCACGCCAAAGGUGGGCGCCCGCGAGACCCACGACGCCAUCCGCCGGGCCUUCGACGUGUGGCAGGGAGUGACUCCGCUGCGCUUUGAGGCCGUCCCCUAUAGCGCCCUGGAGACGGGCAGACGCGACGUGGACAUUACCAUCAUCUUUGCCUCGGGUUUCCAUGGCGACAGCUCGCCCUUCGACGGGGAGGGUGGCUUCCUCGCCCAUGCCUACUUUCCCGGGCCGGGCAUUGGCGGGGACACUCACUUCGACUCGGACGAACCUUGGACCCUUGGUAACCCCAACCAUGAUGGUAACGACCUGUUCCUGGUCGCUGUUCACGAGCUGGGUCACGCCCUCGGCCUGGAACACUCCAACGACCCCACGGCUAUCAUGGCUCCUUUCUACCAAUACAUGGACACAGAGAACUUUAAACUACCUCACGAUGACCUGCAGGGCAUCCAGAAAAUCUAUGGUCCUCCAGACAGAGCCCCGCAGCCGACCAGGCCACCACCCACUGCACCGCCUCCUCGCUUCCACCUGCCCUCAGACCCACGCAAGCAUGACCGCCACUCCAGGCCCCAUCGCCCCCCGCAGGGCGCCAAGCCAUCCAACCCCAACUCAAAGCCCAACAUCUGCGACGGCGGCUUCAACACGCUGGCCAUCCUCCGCCAGGAACUCUUUGUGUUCAAGGACCAAUGGUUUUGGAGGGUUAGAGACAACUCAGUGGUUCCUGGAUACCCCAUGCAGAUCAACUACUUCUGGAAAGGCUUGCCUCCAAAAAUUGAUGCCGUCUAUGAAAACAGCGAAGGCAAAUUUGUGUUUUUCAAAGGAAGCCGUUUCUGGGUCUUCAAGGAUACGACUCUGCAGCCGUCCUACCCUCAGGACAUCUCGCUGUUCGGCAGCGGCAUGCCCACGCAGAGCAUUGAGACGGCCGUGUGGUGGGAGGACGUGGCCAAGACCUACUUCUUCAAAGGAGACAGGUACUGGCGAUACAAUGAAGAGAUGAGGACCAUGGACCCAGGCUAUCCCAAACCCAUCACCAUCUGGAAGGGCAUCCCUGACUCUCCCCAGGGGGCUUUUGUGGACAAAGCCAACGGCUUCACCUACUUUUACAAGGGUAAGGAGUACUGGAAGUUCAACAACCAGCUGCUCCGCGUGGAACCCGGCUACCCACGCUCCAUCCUGCGGGACUUUAUGGGCUGCGACGGCCUCCCCCCGGACCCCGACUGGGACUGGAGCCCGCCGGCGGCCGAGGAGCGCCACUACGACAGCGGAGACGCCGACGUGGUCAUCAAACUGGACAGCGCGGGCGGCACGGAGAAGGCGGUGGCCAUCGCCAUCCCCUGCGUCCUGGCGCUGUGCAUGAUGGUCCUGCUUUACACCGUAUUCCAGUUCCGCAGGAAGAGCACGCAGCGCCACAUACUGUACUGCAAGCGCUCCAUGCAGGAGUGGGUGUGAGCAUGAAGGAGAGAGGCGGAGUCGCUGAUAAAAGGUCUAAAAAUUGCCACUCCCCCUCUUUGUUGGGUGAAGUACAUGACAAUGGCGGCGGAGGAACUGCAAAAAGGGUGCAAAGUGCAAGGCGACGGGAGGCAGUGAGGGAGCCAUAUCUCUUAAAUCCUAUUUAUUGACUCUUUUCUUUAUUUUGAAACAAACUUGACGCAAGUUCAAGUCCUGUAUGACAGUGGGACUGUUGUCCUCUGCACACUUGCUUGAAGAGCCCCGACAAGAGCCCUGACUAAUUAGAUCCUAGGCUUUACUUUCAGUCCUAAAGGAAUCAACUUGAGCUGUGCAUAUUUUUUUUUAAAUUAUUUCUUACAUGUGGAAAUGUUUGGGAAAGAAUAUGUGAUGGAUUACUCCGACCUUUUCUUCCAAAGAGGAUGAUGACUCAGUUUUGUUUUCGGGGACUUUUUUUAAGUAUAUCAUUUGUGAAGACAGCAGACAGUGGAUAAAGUGUGUUAUGUCUAAACUCUACCAACAUGAAACAAGCUUAUUUAUACUAAUUUUAAUGACAUUUACUAAUGUAUUGCAAGCUAAGGCAUUUAGUCAUUUUAAAUCUUUAAAAGUAAUUUAAAAGUAAUAUUGGGAACAAACCCUUUUUGAUUAACUGUGAGCUGUGUUUUGUCUCUAAGCUCCACUUCAUCUACUUUAAACAUGCACACUGUAACUUCAGCGCUUGAUGCCAUAUAUCACAUACAACAACAACAUUAGGGUCACGCAAUGUUAGCAACACUCGCAUAGCUACAAUGCUAACAUGUUAACGGCAGCAUCAUGCUAGGUUAGCCUGUUUGCUGCAGAAAAACAAAACAAUCACACAACAUCUGUAGCUGACUGAUGGAUCGUUGGCUGAGCUCCAGGUAUCAUUUUAAGACGUGUAGCAAAGCCUCAGGUGCAACCUCAAAAGCUAGUGUUUAGGGACACAUUACAGUAUUAACAUUUUGCAUUAUAGGGUACUUUUAAUUCCAAUGCCAUGUUAUACUUAUUAAUACAAGCAACCUAUUUGUUUAUACGUUAAAAAAAUUAAUUUUCAAGCUUGCAAACAUCUCAACCAAACUGUCCAGAUUCAUAUUUGAUCCAUUGUUGCACUGACACAUUGUGCUAGACCUAAUAAUAAUGUGUUAUUAAAAGUACAAUUACCUUUUUUGUCAAAGCUUUUGUUUUGACUGCAUUUCAUCCAUUUUAAAACCUUUGUAUUAAUUUUUUGAGAUUUCAACAUAAAGUGGGUGCCGUGGACAGGGAAGGCAAAAAAAAAGGCUCGCAUACGGUGAACAUCUUUAAGUGAAAAUCAUGUAGAAAAUACUUACAUGCAUGUCAUAAUAGCGCUAAUUGUUUCACUCGAUUGCUGCAAAAAGUACUGUACUUUUAUUGCAAAAACAAAAAACCAACAAUAACCGAGAUAAAUUAUAAGUAAGACGUAUGAUCAUAUUAAAAACACUUGUUGACUAAUCCUGUUUUUCUACAAGCGUGCUAACAAUGCUUGAAUUAAUGUGCAUAUUUAAAAGCAUACUAAAUAUUGAAGAGAUAAAAUAUUCUAACAAUAUAUCUAAAAUCAAAUAUUUAUACGAUAGAUGUCUAACCAAAGUUGAAUUAUAUUUAAUUUGAUGAUUUGAGCAGCAAAUGUAUCAUAAAUGCAAUACAGAAGCUAAUAAAUGCUGUACGUUGGUGUAGAGGUGAAGUCUGCCAGAUGAUGGCGCUAUCACUGUCAACUUUUUUUAAUAUUAUAUAUUUGUGCUUCUUUUACUUGAAACAUCCUCAAUCCUCAGUUUGAAUCUUUUCAUUCAUAUUUCAUAACAUAUCUAUCGUGUUUAUCCGAAGAAGGCGGGGCUUUUAGCCCUGGGGUGGAGCUUUUGUAUGAUCAUUAUCUUUACAGGUGGAAAAAGACGGUUUCUUCACGCCAGAAAUAGAACCCUGUUGAUUUUGAGUGUGGUCUGGUGGUGAAAGGUCAUCAUCACUGUACAGGUAGAAAUUUGUGGCGGAUUUUUCUCACUUUUCUGGGGACGGCAGACCGAGCCAAUACUACUACUACUAAUAAUAAUAAUAACAAUAGCACCAAUGUUUCUUUAAAAUUAUGGCUCAUACCAGUCCUCUGGUUUCAAUACAGUAUUCAGCAGCACAUUUACAGUAUAACAGGGCCAAACUAUGUCAACAAACAGCACUAGGGCUAAGACAGGAAGUAGCUUGUGUAUUAUUGUACAUAAUGGCGGAGGAUGCCGUCUGCUCGGAGGAAUUUGUUUUUUUUUUUUAAAUCCAUCUACUACUCCAUGGGUAACAAUGCUGUGUGUUAUGAAUUAAAAAAAACAAGUG